AAGAUAAAGCUUCCGUGGUACGCUUGUGUGCGCAGGCGCAUGCACAGUGCGCGGAGAGCGGAGUGUAGCGGGCAGUGGAGCGGGCGCACGUCACAGCGGCCGGCCGGCAGCGCCAAUAGCGCGCCGAGGCGGGCCCGCACUCCGCCCACACGACCCCGCUACAGGAAAACUUGGAAAAUCUGCAGCCUUUACGAGCUCGCCGCGUAUUAACGAAACCAUGACAAAUGAUGUUCGCUUCAUCGCUCGAUGAUGUUUCACGUAAAUAUUGUUAUUACGUUGGUUCACAAUAAAGAAUAAGUGCGCAUCUAAAGAUUUACUGUGUAUUUGAGCUGUGCCUUAACUUUACAAUACUAAGAAAUAGAUACUUUCACAUUUUCAUUCUAUCGCGAAAAGCUAUUCUACUUACCACCAAAUGUCAAUUUCUAAUGCACAAAAAAUAAUCAAUAAUAAUAAAAAUAUAUAAUUUUAAAUUAUAGUUAAGCUUUCAUAUUAUUCCUACACCAAACAAAUUCACACAUAAUAAUUAACUCGUUACUGCUUCCACUUGAUUGUCUGUGAUUAAGUUUAAAAAAACAACAUCGCUACAAGAUCAUUGAAGUAAACAACGUGUAGAGACGUCACCCGCGCGCGCGCCCCUUCGAGCUUUUAUAAUAUAGCGCUCGGCAUAAGGAAGUCUUUAUAGUCUGUGCGCGCGAGUCGACGGACGCGCUCCCGCUACGUCUUGCCGCUCGGUCGCGAGUCACAGGAAACUAUCGCGUACUGCCACGAAAUGAGCUGGGACCAGAAACGGGAACGCAAUUGCGAGAAGCUGGAGAUCAAUGAGGCCGUCGGCAAAUUGCUGCAGUCCUUCAAUUAUGACACCAUCGUGCCUCAGCCCGCUAAAGGCGGUGGCUCAAUGCGACGCGGACACGUAAAGCGUCCUAUGAACGCUUUCAUGGUGUUUGCCCAAGCGAUGCGACGACGUCUGUCGGAGCAGAGGCCGUCGCUGCACAACGCAGAGCUCAGCAAAUCCCUUGGCUCUAUGUGGAAAAGUUUAAGCGAAGAACAAAAACUACCGUUCGUUAAAGAAGCAGAGAAGCUACGGACUCAGCACAAAAAGGAGUACCCGGACUAUAAAUACCAGCCUAGGCGCCGUAAGCCGCCGCCUACCACCUCGUCGGCUGCGAGGCUCAAGCGAGAACCUUCCCCGGAAAGAGAACAAAUAGACUUCUCACGGAUAGACGUCGACGGACCAUUGCUGCCCGACGGACCGCCAGAUGGCGCUGAGCUAGACCAAUACUUGAAACCGACCACGAUACCAGAUUACCACGAAAUGCAACCACACUACCCUUCCCAUGGGUUGCCAUAUCACGCCUCCGCUGUCUUCACUCCGGUCCCUUCACAUUUGCAUCCUCCUUGUACGGACUGGCAGCACUAUGCUCGCCCUUAAAAGUAUCUCCAAAUUAAAAAAAAACUAAAACUUUUCCAAUUUCCAAAUGUCACAAACACUAGAUUUAAUCUGACCUAAUCAGUAACAGUGGUGAAAAUUGGAAUUACAAUAGAAUUUACCAAUCAGCUGCAGCUAUUCUCGAAGGUGGCGACAACACUCUCUUUGCAGAUAACUUGGUCUGUCUAUAUCUCGUUAACUUUAGUGUGGUAGUAGGUAUCAGUUUAAAUAAAAACAUGAAUAAUUGAUAACUACGACUGCUGUUAGGUUAAGUUUGUAAAUAUAUAUUUAUAUAUGUUUUAUUUGAUAGUAAAGCAGAACGAUUAACGCGCACGUGCGUUUAAUCAAAGUAA